AAAAUUUUAAACUUGACAAGAUUUAUUAAAUUUUGUUUGCAGAUAAAACAGCUCCGACCUUAGCUCAGAUGGUAGAGCGGAGGACUGUAGUAGGAUUCCCCUAACAGCUAAUCCUUAGGUCGCUGGUUCGAAUCCGGCAGAUGAUUCCCUCUUACAGAAGUGAUUCGUUGAACUCUCCCUCGUUCUACUAAAUUUCUUAACAUGUCGUUGAAGUUUUUGAAGAAGUAAUUCAAUUUUGUGAAAAUUAUAAAAUGGCAAGCACAUUGCGGCUUUACUUGACGUGCAUACGGAACACUCUCGAGGCAGCCAUGUGCCUGCAGAAUUUUCCUUGUCAAGAAGUUGAAAGGCAUAAUAAGCCAGAAGUUGAACUAAAGACCAGCCCAGAACUUCUACUAAAUCCUGUUCUGAUAUGUAGAAAUGAGGCUGAAAAAUGCUUGAUAGAAACAUCUAUAAAUUCUCUGCGAAUAAGCCUCAAGGUAAAACAAGCAGAUGAACUUGAAAACAUACUAACUAAAAAGUUUCUUAGGUUUCUGUCAAUGAGGGCAGAAGCUUUUCAAGUCUUGAGGAGAAAGCCAGUACAAGGUUAUGAUAUUAGCUUCCUUAUCACAAACUACCACUGUGAGGAGAUGCAGAAACAUAAGCUCAUAGAUUUUAUUGUGCAAUUCAUGGAGGAUAUUGAUAAAGAGAUAAGUGAGUUAAAGAUGUCUGUGAAUACACGAGGGAGACUGGUGGCUACCGAAUUUUUGAAACAGUUCAUCUAGGGACUUGGAAGUACGCAAAAGUUACAAAACUCUGUUAUGGAGCAUGCUCAAGAUGUUGCCAUAAGCUGCUCAUGGAGCUGUUUUUCCUGCAUUUUGAUCCCUUAAUCAGUUCCUGUUUUUCAAGAGUAUGCUGGUUGUCAGUCAUUUAGUCCAUCAUUUUUCUGUAGAUUUCUCAGAAUCAGUUGUUGUGUAUAGCCAGGACAGGAACAAAAUCAUUGUAGUGUAAUUCUGAAGUACAUACAAAUGUGGUGAUAGAAUCAUCUUAACUUGGACUAAUGCAGAGCAACUAUAGAAUCUUUAAGUAAUGCUUGUAACAAAUUUGAAAAUUGUGGAAUUAGUUUCCAAAUUUAGUAUA